GAACCGGCGGGGCCGAAGCGCCGACCUCGCCGGGCAUCCUCCACCGCUUCUCGCGGAGCCAGAAGGCCCCCUCGGACAGAGAGACCUCGGGCGAAUUGGGGACAUCCGGAAGGGAAGAAGUUCGAAGAACUUGAAGCAGAGUCUCGAGUCGACGGCGUUGUUGUGAAUGUCGGUGAUUAUGGUGUCUUUGCUGACAUCGGCUACGAGCAGAAUGCCAUCCUGGCCAUUCCUCGUAGGUUUUGGCGCCGAUUUCGACGUGGCGAUGUGCUGGAGGCCAUGGAGGUCGUCUCUGUGGAUCUUGAACUCCGCCGCGCCACUGUGACAGUGGCGGACGUCGAAGAGGCACUGAAGCCGAGUAGAAUUCCGCUGGAGGAGCUGCAGGAGGGCAGCUACUUGAACGGUGUAGUGGACACCAAAAACCAGUUUGGCAUUUUCAUCAAUGUGGGCUGUGAAGCCUGCCACGGAAAACUCCAGCUUCCACGCUUCAUGGGCAACCAGCUUAUCCGCGGACAGGUUCUACGCGACCUUUGCGUGGCGACGGUUGACCUGGAAAAUCGACGUGUUCGUUUGAUCAUGGACGAUGUCGACGGUGCCAUUGCAGAUCCCGAGAUGGUCUCCCUGGCAACGCUGAUGGCAGAUGCCGACAGGGACACGAAGGACCCCAAAGCAGAUGCUCCGAAGCAGAAGAAGGCUGAUCGGGAGCCCAAGCCCAAGGCUAAGGACCGGCCAGAGUUGAAGGAGCCUGCCAGGGUACCGAAGGCGAAGUCGCAACCCAAAGUUGAAGAAGUGGCUGAGCCGGAGCCAAAGGAAGCAAAGGAAGCAAAGGAAGAAAAGGAAGAGGAGCCAGAGGAGAUGCAGCUUGAGCCCGGCGACCUGGUGGACGGGGUCGUCACGACGAUCAACAACAAGGGUGUUUGGGUGAACAUUGGUGGCGGAAAGAAGGGCCUCCUCGAGGUUCCGGCCGAGCUGAAGGGCGAGUUCCGAAGGGGCGACAGCGUGCAGGGCAUGCGAGUGGAGGAAGUGAAGGAGGACGGGAAUCCGGUGCUGUCCAUGGAUGACCCUGAGUUGGAGGUGGAGGAACCCAGCCGACGAACCCGGAACAAGCCCAAGGGCAAG